AUGUUAGAACCUACUAAGGAUUCAUGGAGUAGAAACGGAGUGAGCAUUGUAAGUGAUGGAUGGAGUUAUCCCCAAAGGAGGCCUCUUCUUAAUUUUAUGGUUGUAACUGAAAGUGGGCCUAUGUUUUUGAAAGCUGUAGAUUGUUCAGAUGAGAUCAAAGACAAGGAUUAUGUUGCAAAGCAAAUAAGAGAUGUGAUAAGAGAAGUCGGUCUCUCAAAUGUAGUGCAGAUUGUGACUGAUAAUGCGUCGGUUUGUAAAGCGGCUGGUUUAUUAAUUGAAGUUGAAUUUCCAUCUGUUUAUUGGACUCCUUUUGUUGUUCAUACUCUCAACCUUGCUUUAAAGGACAUUUGUGCAGCUAAGAAUACAGAGAAGAAUGAUUUUGUUUAUCAAGAAUGCUCAUGGAUUACUCAAAUUGCUGAAGAUGCUUCUUUUAUAAAAAAUUUUAUUAUUAAUCAUCAUAUGAGGUUAUCUAUUUUCAAUGAAUUUAAUACAUUGAAGUUGCUUAAUGUUGCUCCUACUCGAUUUACUUCUACUAUUGUGAUGCUCAAAAGAUUUAGGUUGUUAGAGCAAGGCCUCAAAGAGAUAGUUAUAAGUGAGAAGUGGUCUUCAUACAAGGAAGAUAAUAUUGGCAAAGCUGAGUUUGUUACAGAAAAGAUUUUGAGUGAAAAUUGGUGGCAAAAAAUUGAUUAUAUUCUUGCUUUCACAAAUUCUAUUUAUGAUGUUUUAAGAAGUAUAGACACGGAUGCACCUACUCUUCAUUUGGUCCAUGAGAUGUGGGAUUUAAUGAUCAAGAAAGUAAAAAGUGUUAUAUAUCUCUAUGAAAGAAAAAAUGAACAAGAGUCAUGGUACAUUUACAAUGUUAUGCACUCAAUAUUAGUUCAAAGAUGGACAAAAAGUAGCACACCUCUUCAUUGUUUAGCACAUUCAUUGAAUCUAAGGAAAACUAUGAUGUGGGAUAUUGCUGGAGAUGUUUUUUCACCAAUUGAUGAAGAAAAUGAUGUUCUUGAAGUUGCUCACCUUUCUCUUGAUGAACCGGAGUUGGAAAGAGUGACUUUUUCUAAUGAUGAAGAUAUCAACCACAUAUGA